AUGAUCCACAGGCCAACUAUCUCCUGCAUCCUUUCCUACCUAAGCAUGCAAGGCAAGUGGCAGGUGUGAGGCCACCUCAAGUUACAUCCCAUCAGAGCACAGCCCCUGUUAGAGAGCUCAUGUCAGAAGUGUGUGUCCAGCCUUCCCAACCAGCUGCUAUUGGCCACCCUCAAACACUGAGACGCAACAUAAGUCUUCCUGAUGACUGCAGAGACGUUUUCAUAACAUAUUCAGUGGACACUGCAGCAGAAUUGAUGCCCUUUGUGAAUUUUUUGCUCAAUCAGGGAUUCAGACCAGCUAUUGAUAUAUUUGAAGACAGAGUUAGACAAAUGGACAUCAACAAAUGGAUGGACAGUUUUUUAAAAAAUAAGUCUGUGUUAAUCAUUGUAGUGAUCAGUCCGAAGUAUAAGACAGAUGUUGAGGGAGAUGGAUCUGAUCAACAUGGAUUACACACCAAGUACAUACACACACAGAUCCAAAAUGAAUUCAUUCUGCAAAGAUGUCUAAACUUCAGAUUGGUACCAGUGCUGUUUCCCAGUGCUAACCCAAAGUCAUGUUCCAUUGUGGCUACAGAGCACACGUCUGUACCGGUGGCCUGA